UCGAACAAGAAAAGCAACUAAUUAGCAGAGGCAGCUGAUUUAGUGCUCUUCCUCGCUUAAGAGCUUUGAGUAGAGAUCAAUUCCAGAAAGAAUGCCGAUCUCGAGAAUUGCUGUAGGGUCUCCAGCCGAGGUUGGCCGGGCCGAUUCUCUCAAAGCGGCUCUUGCCGAGUUCAUUUCAGUGCUCAUUUUCGUUUUCGCAGGAGAAGGCUCUGGCAUGGCUUUCAACAAGCUCACCAACAAUGGUUCCGCGACACCGGCGGGGCUUGUAUCUGCAUCGCUGGCCCAUGCCUUUGGACUGUUCGUGGGCGUGUCGGUAGGAGCUAACAUUUCCGGGGGACAUGUGAAUCCUGCCGUGACGUUCGGUGCCUUUGUUGGUGGGCACAUAACAUUGAUGAGAAGCAUCUUGUACUGGAUUGCGCAGUGCCUCGGCUCCGUUGUCGCUUGCUUGCUUCUCAAGUUUGCAACCGGCGGACUGGAAACAUCUGCAUUCUCCCUGUCUUCUGGCGUGAGCGCGUGGAACGCAUUGGUCUUCGAGAUUGUAAUGACUUUCGGACUGGUCUAUACAGUGUACGCUACUGCAGUGGAUCCGAAGAAAGGUAACAUAGGGAUCAUCGCACCAAUCGCGAUUGGUUUCAUCGUGGGAGCCAACAUCUUGGCCGGUGGUGCAUUCGAUGGUGCAUCCAUGAACCCAGCAGUCUCCUUCGGUCCGGCAGUUGUGAGCUGGUCGUGGGACAGCCACUGGGUCUAUUGGCUCGGCCCGUUCCUUGGUGCCGGCAUUGCUGCCACAGUCUACGAGAUCUUCUUCAUCAACCCAAGCACACACGAGCCGCUUCCCUCCUCCGAGUUCUAAGCGCCGAGCUGCUCCCAAGUUGAAGCAAUUGGUGGAAUAAUGCACAAAGUUGUCUCUUUUUGGUUUCAAUCAGUUGGUCUUUUUCUCUGAAUGUUUGUCAAGUGUCAUUUAUCUAUGUAAAAUGGUUUUUAUUUUUAAUGCAAAGAUUGGUCCUGUCCUGUUCAAUUUCUGAUAAAA